UUUAAUGGUGAUUUUCUUUUCUAUUUUACAGAGCAUCCUAUAACGUGCAGGAAACAUGUUUCGGAGAUACGAUUCCAGGACCACUAUAUUUUCCCCACAAGGUCGCCUGUACCAGGUGGAAUAUGCCAUGGAAGCUAUUAGACAUGCAGGCACCUGCUUGGGAAUUCUGGCCAAUGACGGUGUUCUGCUGGCAGCCGAGCGACGCAACAUCCACAAGCUCCUGGAUGAAGUCUUCCUUUCCGAAAAGAUUUGUAAACUCAACGAGGACAUGGCCUGCAGUGUGGCAGGAAUCACUUCUGAUGCCAACGUUCUCACUAAUGAGCUGAGGCUCAUAGCCCAGAGGUAUCUGCUACAGUAUCAGGAGCCAAUCCCCUGUGAGCAGUUGGUGACCGCAGUGUGUGACAUCAAGCAAGCCUACACACAGUUUGGAGGCAAGCGUCCCUUUGGUGUCUCCUUGCUCUACAUGGGCUGGGACAAGCACCACGGCUUCCAACUCUAUCAGAGCGAUCCCAGUGGGAACUACGAGGGAUGGAAAGCCACAUGCAUUGGCAACCACAGCACUGCAGCCAUGUCAAUGUUGAAACAAGACUACAAAGAGGGUGAGAUGACCCUGAAGUCAGCGCUGGCUUUAGCUAUCAAGGUGCUAAACAAGACCAUGGACAUUAGCAAACUGUCUGCUGAGAAAGUGGAAAUUGCCACGCUCACGAGGGAGAAUGGCAAGACGGUCAUCCAAGUUCUCAAACAGAAGGAAGUAGAGCAGCUGAUCAAAAGGCAUGAGGAAGAGGAAGCGAAAGCCGGGCGGGAAAAGAAGAAAGAACAGAAGGAGAAGUAG